UGUCAGCGAAGCCGGAACUAAAAAGGAGCCUCAAAUGUUACCAGUGGAAAAAGAAAUUAUUUUGCAGAGGAGGCAUCCGGAGAUGCAGCUGCUGAUACUAUAAACAUUGAAGUCGCAUGUGCAACAGCUGUUACUCCUGGGGCUUCUGAAGAGAGUAUUGAUGUUGGAAGUAUGAUAGAGAAGAACUUAGAUAUGCAAGCGACAAUAGUUGGCAUCAUGUCACAGGACCAAAUUACCGGGCAGGGCAGAUCUCCUGAGUCUGGCAUAGAGAAUAGAACCAACUCAAGGGCUGCUGAUGAGGUCAUUGAACAUAAAGAGAUGUCUUUAGCAUCUAAAACUCGCCUAGAAGCAACUAUGGAUAAAGAUGCACCUUCAUCCUUGGAGGAAAUUCAUCAUAAAGAGUCCUCUCAUGUGCCAAUUGUAGAAGCAGUUACUAAUGAAGCAAGUACUCCAGUUCCAGAAGAAGAGGGAAUUGCUGUUGCUCAACCUAAAGAUUCCAUUCCAAUAGCUGGACGAGUUUCGAUUAUGAAUUCGAGCAUGGAGGACAAGUUGGUGAAAGAAAAUGAGAAGCUAAGGGAGAUGUUAGAGAAAUUGCUUCUUAUGGGAAAAGAGCACAUGGGAGUUAUUUCUGAUCUUAAUGGGAGAAUCGAGGAUCUAGAGAAGAAGUUGGCACGUAAGAAGAAGAAGAUGGUGAAGGUUAGACGACACAAACCAGCCAAGACUUCUUGUUGUAAAGUUGCAUGCUGAAACAUCAUGUGGAGAAUGGAAUGAUGGAGAAGGCUAUUACUAUGCACGAUUAUUUCUGUCCUGUGAUAUGAUUCUGUCUGUCUGUUUUGUAACAAAUAAAAGAGUUUCAAUGUAAGACAGUUUCUUUUGUGCCUUUAA